UGAUAAUGCAAUCUAUCUUCCGCGCUGAUUUGUAUGUUAAAAUCACCCGAGGAUUAUUGCCAACUUCUUAAAGACUGUAACGUAAAAACAUUUGAUGCAUGUAUAUGUGUACAUAGGUUAAGGACUACAAUUUUAAAAUAGUAAAACUGGAAUAAAAAUUGUAUAUCAAUUUCAUUUCGAUACAAGACCAAAAAGGUGCAACCUGUUUCAUAGCUUGGGCAACAAUAAUCCAUCGGACUUCGUGUAAUUGUUUAGCAUCUUGCCAGUAACGCAUACGUUCUACACACAUUAACGCAUUACACGAGCAGCUCGUGACGAAGAGCUGGCGCUAACAGGCACCACCGUAGAAUUGCUAAUGUACAUUUGAUACAUUCCAUCGAAUUAUGUAAAUAGAUCUAUUUAGAUGGAUGAACACGUUUUAUAUAUAUAUGUAUACAGAUUGUUUCUUUCUCCUUCCCAUAUGUUGUGCAUAUUCUAAUGCGAAUAGGGAAGCGAGAUCACGAAGAAGAAGAAGACCCAUAGAUUACCGCGGAAUUUAUUUCGAUGAUAAUCGUAAGAGACACCCGCGCUCUCUCAGGUAGGAUACGAGAACGCGGAAGUGCGUACGUGCACGUUCAACGCGUAGGUUUGUAUAGCCGCGAACGUGCAUAAACCGUAGCUCCGUAAGAAGCGCUUGUCGUGCAAACAACGCGUUCUAUGAUAGUACGCAGGAAACGCUUGUCGCCAGUACCGUAAACACUGUCACAGACCUAUACGAGAUCCGAUAUCUAUGGUCUUUCACUUAAUAUUUGAUGUAUACUUUAUAACUGUAAUCUUUAUAAUGUAACUAUGCGUUUAUAGUUAGAAACUUUUCGUACACCUUCACAUUGUGCAAAGAAAAGUUCUAUAACGGGACGAUAUAUUGGAGGAUAUUGAAAAAGAGAGAUCUCGUCAAAAAGUUUAAUAUAUUGAUUAAUAAAAGAAUAGAGGUAUUUUAUUGAUUUGUAAUUUCAAAAUAGAAAUUGAUUCAGUUUAAAAAAGAUUUUUAUUUGGAUUUUAUAUAGUUCUAAUUUAAAAAAUUGCAAAGUAAUUAAAAUUAUGUAUGAUAUCAUCGAGAUAAUCGAUAAUUACAUAUGUUUUGAAAAGAAAUUGAUAACGAUGAGAGAAAAUGAUAUCAGGGAUGAAGCUCGUAGAAAAAUUAAGUUGCAAGAGCAUAAUGUUUGAAUGCACGAGGAUAUGAGAUUAUUAACAAAAUUCUAAAAUGAAAAAUUAAUAAUAAUAUAUAUGAUUUAGUUUUUAUUAAAAUAUUUUUUUUCUAUAUAUUGAAUUUCGUUAAUCUAAUGAUAAUUAUUUUAUUAAUAUUUAUUUUUUUAUAAAUAUUAGAUUUUUCUAAAAAUUCUACUUUUUAAUGGUUGAAAUGUGUAGACAUCAUUGACUGUUUUAAUAAUAGUCACGCGAUUAUAAUCGACAAGUACCAUUAUUUAUAUAAUAUUUCUUAAAUAUGUAUAAUUAAAGAAUUGAAAUUGAACGAUAAAAAUUUUUUUGUUCUUUAACUUAUCACACUUAUCAUUCUUAUCUGCCUCUUAAUCCUAAAUACUCAAACUCUUUCUUGUAAUAUUUAGUCGUUCUGGGACUUUAAUGCGAGUUUCACAUCCCAGAUAAAAUUAUAACUUAAGAAUUAUAACUUUUUUAGUGAUAAUAAGAAACAUGACAUUUCAUAUAAAAUCAAAAAUAACGUUUGCACUCGUGAACAAAUAAUAUAAACUUGCACUGGUAAUUUGCACUGGUAAGGAUUCAGCUUUAUUUCAGUGUUGGUAUUUCUUUAAUCGUAACAAUUGAAACAAUUAUUAAUAGAUCUCCGUUAGUUACUAUCACGACGUCCAUCAGUACAUACAAUUGUCGCGUACAGUAUUUAAAAUGUUCGUUUCCUUGCGUGAUUUUGUUACAGUGAUAGGUUUUUUAAUAGAUAAAUAAAAAAUGAAAUAAGUGAUCAAAUAUUCAAUAUGUAUUAAUUUCAAUAUGUUUUUUUUAUAAUUAAAAUUCUCUAUAAAUUCUUAAGAGUUAUACUAUAAAUUUAUAUUUUAAGUCAUCACUUACAUUAAAAAUAUAAAUAUAUACAAAAUAAAAUGCAAUUACCAAUAUAAGUGAAUUUGUAUAUACAUACAAAAGCUAAUGUGAUGAUUAAUAAAUCAACAGAGAUGUAUGGACAUAAAUGCGUAUUUAUCACAAGUGAUGUUUACAAACGAAGAAUGAGUAGAAAUCAAAUUUCAUAAUGAAUUUAACGAUUGUCAAAAUUCAAAAAGAAAACAUUCAAUUAUAACUAGACUUAUUAAUUGUAACAGAAUACGAUUAAAAAAAAGAAAGGGAAAAAGAAUGCUAAUAUAAUUCGCCAGACAGAUGGCUGUUUGAAUCAUUACGUAAAUGGCAUCAAUGUUAAAUGUGUUGAAGCCAACAAUGAUUAAAGAGGCAACGUUUGUCGACUAAGCGAUACAUUAAAUAAAUAAACUGCCGCGAUCGAGCACGAUCGCGGCCAAGCAUUAGUGUGCCUGUCGAAUUCAGCCUGACAAUAUCGUUUAAAAGUGGAACAUGGCUAACCUGGUAGCUGCAGAUUAUGCGGUAAUCGUAAUAACGAUGAUCAUUAGUUCAGGAAUUGGUGUAUAUUACUGGCUUAGCGGAGGAAAACAGAAAUCAAUGGAGGAAUAUUUCAUGGCAGACAGAUCGAUGCAAAUGUUACCGGUCGCGAUAGGCUUAACGGUUUCGUAUAUAUCCGCGGUCAGUUUGCUAGGAGUGAGCUCAGAAAAUUACGUUUAUGGUACCCAAUACGCCGUGAUCAAUAUUUCUUAUGGACUUGCUACACCGUUCGUUGUUUAUUUAUACAUGCCGGUGUUCUUUAAAAUUGGAAAAGCCAGCGCCUUCGAGUAUUUGCACAAACGUUUCGGAAAAGCGGCAAGAAUGGCAGGAAGCUUCGCUUUCACACUUCAACUGCUUCUGUACAGCGGCGUAGUACUGUACGCACCGGCACUUGCCCUGGAAGCAACCACAGGUAUCUCGACGACCGCAAGUGUAAUCGGCAUAGGAUUGGUCUGCACGUUUUAUUCGACCAUCGGCGGUAUCAAGGCGGUUCUCAUUACCGAUGUAUUUCAGAGUCUGUUGAUGCUGAUAGCUAUUAUCAUGGUAAUCAUCACCGCAGCCAUGAACGUCGGAGGCCUUGACAAAAUUUGGGAGAUUGCUCGACAAGGAUCACGGAUAGAAUUUGAUAGCAUUUCAAUGGACCCAACUGUGCGACACACCUGGUGGAGCUUGACAUUUGGCGGUUUCUUCACCUACCUCUCCUUGUACGGAACCAACCAAGUUCAAGUUCAGAGAAUGUUAACCAUCAAAAACGUGAAACACGCGCAAUCUGCCAUUUGGAUAAGCUGGCCAUUAUCUUCCCUCAUGUCCUUGGGCCUCUGUUUCACUGGAUUGGCGAUAUACACCCGGUAUCGUAACUGCGACCCCCUCGAGAGCGGAAGGAUUGGAUCCUACGAUCAAUUAAUGCCGCUUUACGUGAUGGACAUGCUUUCCGCGUAUCCAGGUGUGCCCGGCCUUUUUAUAGCAGGCAUCUUCAGCGCCGGACUUAGCACCAUCUCUGCCACGGUGAAUUCCUUGGCCGCCGUUAUAUUAGAAGAUUUUAUCAAACCUAUAUGUCGUCUUUGGAAUAAAGAGGUUACCGCAACGGGAUCAAUCAUUAUCAGCAAGAUUCUGGCUGUUAUAGUUGGUAUUAGUUGUAUAGGAUUGGCAUUUAUGGGACAUUUUCUUGGUGGACUCCUUCAGGCAGCUCUCACAAUUUUUGGUGUAGUGGGCGGUCCUGUAUUCGGCAUGUUCACUUUAGGCAUGUUUACAAAAUUGGGAAAUCAGAGAGGAGCGAUCGUUGGUCUACUAACUAGCCUCAUUUUCUCCCUGUGGAUUGGUUUUGGUCAGCCAAAACCACCAAUUCCGAACAAGGUGGAUGUCACGUCUAACUGUAGCAAUGCCACGCAUUAUGAUUACGAAGAAUCGUCGAAUUUGCAUUUUGAAUAUCAGCAAAGUAACAAUGACUCAUACUUCUACCUGUAUCGCAUUUCAUAUAUGUGGUACUGUCCCUUGGGAAGUGUCUUAAGUUUCGGAGUAGGUUGGAUUUUCAGUUGGAUUUCAAACCUAAUUCUAAAUGAAGAACCACAGGAUAUAGAUCCUGAUCUCUUCACGCCGAUUUUGGCAUCAAAAUUACACAAAGAACGAUUAAAAAAUUCAAACGAAUAUCAUAGCACGACGCGCCACUCGAAGAAUUCUCGUAAUUGGCCUUAACCUAAAAACAAGCGGAGCAGAGUCCAAAUCCGUUGAACAAGACACGUGUCGCGUAAACCAGCCAGAACGACGUUUACACUGAACAACUCUGUUGUUAAAAUAAAAAAAGUAAUAAAAAAAGAAGAGGAAAAAAUUGUAAUCGAAGAUCUCCCGAGAAAUACGAUUCGAUGAAAUCGUGGCCGAUAUUACGCGUAAGUAACUUGCUUUCCUUUCGGAAUUCCGAUUAUCGCCACGAGGCGGCCAACCUCUUCUCCUCCUCUGCAACGAGGAGCAGACGUAAACACCGCGCGAACCACGGGUGUGCUGAACGUUUACCGAAACGUUCGCAAAUCACGAUGGAAUGCCGUCAGACUGGUGUUCCCGUGCGCGGCACACGGUGACAUACAGAACGAAGCAACGACCCGUGCACUGUGCAGCGCUUACGUAAGGAAAUAACGCGGUACGGAGAGACCGAGUGGACCACCUCGAGCUUUGUUUCGACUACUAAAGCCGCGUAUUCACCGGUCACGUAGAAUGCUUGCAAAUGUUUGUGAGCUUUUUGAAAUGUUAAUAGCAGGCAAUCCGUGACAAACAUUUGUCAAGCACUUCCACUAAACAAAUGUUAGCAAACAAGGGCUUGUUUAUGAGCACUUGUCGUUGAUGCAUUGAUAGGGCCAGUUCUUAAAGACAGUAGUCGUUCGUUUACGUUAAACGCGUAGGAAUCGACAUGGAAACACUUCGUAAAUGUUAACGUGUGGUUUACUAAUGAUUAAAAUUUUGUACAUUUUUAUUAAUCAAUCAAGAAACUCGCAAAUGAAUAGAUACGCAGUUAAAUAAAUUGAGUCUGAACGCGCGAUUGUCACUAUUUUGAAUAUUUGCGGCAUUCGAAUUUCGUUGAACUUUUGUUGAAACGGAGUCUUUAUGGUCGCCGCCAUCCAUGUUGAGCAACCACUACUGUCUUUCGUCCGACCGUGUAAUUACAUUGCGCAAUUCGCGCAUCUCUCAUAUGCUUUGCUUGUUCACCACUAAUUUAACGUGGAACAUUGAGAGAAUUAUGUAAGUGAACUGUAAAGACGAUUUUGAAGUGGAAAGUUACACAGAAUAAUGAGAACAUUGUAAAUGAUUAUUAAUUAUAUAUAAUAAAUUGAACUAAAAAAUAUUACAUGUAUGAUAACAUGUAUGAUAUAAAAAAUAUAUACAAAAAAUAAA